UUCAUAUAUUACAUACUAUACGAUAAAUAAUACAUAACUCGUCCAUAUAUUGAAUAACAUAUACUUAAAUGUAAAUUGUAAAACAAUAUUAAUUAAUUUAAUAAAAUUUAAUGUUUUUAAAUUUUGAAAUACCCUAAAAAAAUUGUAAUUUCAAACUAUGGACGAAACUACUGAUUUAGAAGAAAAGUAUAAAUUAAUCUUAAAAGGAUUUCUACAUAAAAAUUAUAAAAAUCAAAAUGAUAUCUAUUUUGAACAGCUUUUUACACACUUAUCUGGUAAAAAUGGACAAAAAACAGAUUACAAGUCAUUACUGCAUUCACCGAUAACACUUGAGUGGAUUGAUCAAUGUCUGGAUGCAUCUAUAGCUGAUUUUAAGAAAAUGGAUGAGAAGGUUUUUGCAUUUAUGUUGAAAUUAACUGCAUUGCUUACAGAGAAUGAGUGGUUAAUACCUCAGCUUCGAGAAAGAAAAAUUGCGGACAAGAUCGAAGAGUUGAUUAAUGCUAAUUUAACAGAAUUAACGCCAUCUAUCAAACUGGGUUAUAUAUAUUUUUUAUCGGCUAUUUCCAAAUAUAGUAUUGGUAUUAGCAGAAUGAAAUUCAAUAAUGCUUGGGAAGUUCUAAUACAUUUUUGUAAAUCAAAAGAAACAAUUUAUGUAAAACGUCAGGCCACUGCAUUGUUGUUUGAAAUAUUUGUUAAAUUAUCUACGAAAAUUAAAGAUGAAGAGAUUUGUGUAGCAAUAAUUGCUGAAAUAAUGAAACCAAUAAAUGAAAAUAUUUAUACAGAUCAAACAUUGAGUGUUUGUGUUGACGAUAAUGAAUUACAAGGAAAAGUUUCCGCAGCAUUCGAUUUACUGUUGUAUUUUUUACAGAAUUCCCUUGAAAUUCAAACCAAUUUUUACAUUGCUUCUUAUUUCGAGCCGCCGUUUGAAAUUGACAAAAUGAUUUGGAAAUAUAUUGACACAUUUCAUGAUCAAUAUUUUGUUGGGAAACUUCUUAAAAUUUUAACAGCUUUAAAUUACACAAGACUAUUAUUGCAUAAAUCGAAGAAGGGAAAAAUUUCUGAAGAGGAUUUUACACAAUUUGGCGUUAAUUUUUAUAAUUAUAUGAAAUUUUGCAUAAUGAGACGUAGUUGCGAUAACGUAUUACUACUUGCUGAAUACAAUAAAGUUUUAUGGACUAAACUUAAUUCUGAAGUCCCAGAUGAAAUUGUUAUUGAAAAUGAGAAAAUAAAUUUUGGAACACAACUCGCUACAAUUCAAUUGAUGCCAAUUUUAAUAUUUUUAAAACCAAAUUAUGAAGAAUAUUGUAGUGAAAUUGUAGACGAUUAUGUAACCAAAAUUUUCAAUAUUACGAAUGAAUUCACUCAACGUAUCGCGUAUUCCAUUAGAGAUUUGCUUCUUGAUUGUCCUGAAAAUGCAGUUCAUGUAGCUUGUAAAGCAAUUAGUGGUAUUUUAUCUAUGAAAAAUUCGUUAAAUCAAGCACAAGCUGUGCUCAUAUUUCAAGCAAUGACGUAUGCUUUGAAAAGUUUUCUGCCCGUGAAAAAGGAGCAUGAGGCGAACGGUUCAGCUAAAAAAGCUAAUUUAAAUAUUAUUUUUCGAGAAAACUCAAAUAUAAUGUACUCUUUGGUUGUUGGUUUGCACUCAAUUGUGGAACACUUCAAAAUUACCUGGAAGGAUUCUAUAGAAACAACUUGCAUCUUAACAAUAGUUUUGGGACUUUUGGACAAUCCUGAUCUAACUAGUAGAGUGACAGUACAGUUAGUUAAACUUGCUCAGUUAUCAAUUGAACGUUUUCUUUCUCCUAAUAUGGCCCUUUUAAUGAACAACUUGAAUGAAUCUGGCAUGCAAAAUUUUGAAUCUAUUAUGCUAAAACGGUUACACGACAAUUCUUGGGAGGUUCGUGAUAGCACAUUAGAGCUGAUUACAACAGUAGUUACACUAUCGGAAAUGAAAUUUCCUCCAUUUCAACAGUUUAUUCUUGACAGUGGGGUUAGCCCCAUUGUAUAUUCUAUGGCACAAAACGAUUCCGAACCAUAUAUUAGGGCAUCCGCUUUAAAAUGCCUAGCUGAAAUGACUAAAAUUGAUUUGAUGUGGGAUAAAUCACUAAGUCAAAUGGAUAUUAUGAAAUUCGCCCUGUCCUUUAUUCCGAAAGAAUCUGAAGGAAUUGUAAGAAAGGAAGCUGUAAUUUUGGUUAGAAAAAUAUUUGUAAAUCGUAAAUAUACUGUUCAAGAGCCAAACAAACUAUUUUCUGUAAUGGCGUAUUGUGCCGUAAAUGAUUUUUAUUGGGAAGUUAAAGUUCACGCUUUACACUUCUGGAAAGCGGUUAUAUGCAAACAGUUUACUAAUCAAGGAAUGAUUGAUGGCACGUUUCCUACAGUAACAUUUUCCAAACAGCACAAAAAAAUUGUUACAUUAACCGAAAAAGAAAUUUUGAUACGAAUUCAACGAAUUUUGGAUGAUUUGUGCAAAUAUGGUAUUUUGGGAAUUCUUUUGGAAUGUUUGCAAGAUGAAUGUGAUUUUGAAGUAGUUAAGGAAACAGUCAACCUCUUACAAAAACUAUUGGAUUGUCUUAAUAAAUAUGACUUUUUUAAAACAAUAAAUUUAGAUAAAGAAAACAACCAAAAAUUAAGUAGCUCAAGUUCAUCUUUUGAAGAGGCUAUGGAAUCAGAUUGUAUGGAUUUUCAAGAAAAUAUUAUUAAUGAAAACGGAAUGGACAUAAGUGAAUUAAGCGAAACUGCUUUUAAUGAAAAUGUUAUUGAUUCAAUUUUGGAUUCAAGUGAUUUGAAUUUGUUAGCUUAUGGUUACCAAACAAACCAUAUGAAUGCCGAAAAUGCUUGCAACAACAAUUUUGACGUUAUUGAUGAUAAAUUCCAUAAAAAAUUUGCAAAUAUUACUCCAGAAAUAUUUUUGAACAAAAUAACCAAAAUAAAUUUGAAUUCAUUGAUAGAAAUGAAACAGAAUUGGAUAUCUGAAAAUGAAAGUUUUGAAUCGUUACUUGAUGACAUGAUAUAUUCUAUUAAAACCUUAGGCGUAAAUGAUGCUGAUUGUUACUAAAAUUUUAUAUAAAAAAUAUUUGCUAUAAAAAUUGUAUAAAUUAUGUAAAAAGAUUGUUUUUGUAUUUUAUAUAUAGAUGGAUAUGUAUGAAGCCCUUAUGCCGUAAAAACUAGGUUAAGAACAAAAUUAAAUAAAAAA